UUCGACCCUUCAUGGGUGCUGACCGACCGGCAGAAGAAGCUCCAGGCGGACCUGAUCGAACUCUGUCGCAAGAAAAUACGACCUUACGCGGUCCACUGCGACAAGACCUACGAGUUCCCACGGGAGUCCCUGAACGCCCUGGCCGACAUGGGGCUGCUGGGUGUGAUUGUCCCGAAAGAGCUGGGCGGACUCGGGGAGAAUCACGUGGGCGCUGCCAUGGUGGUCGAGACUCUGGCCCGCUACGGCUGCCCCAGCACCGCCAUGGUCUACACUAUGCACCUGAGUGCCGUGGCGGCCCUGCUCUUCCGCUACCACAACAACCCGACGAUCCAGGACGUGCUGCGCCGCCUGGACAAGGACAGGCUGGUGGGGACGUUGUCCUACAGUGACCCGGCUACCGGCGGCCACUUCUGGUUCCAUCUGUCGUCCAAGUGUCGCCAGCUAGACGAAGACCAUGUAAAGCUGCUCAAAUACGGCUCGUGGGUCACGUCUGCCGGAUUCGCAGACUGGUACUUCGUCCAGACAAUCAGCCCCGGCGUCAAGCCCGGUGAUUUCGCCGAUCUCUCCAACUUCCUCAUGAUGAAAGACGAGGUGCGAGCCAGUGCCAACGAGUGGCUUUCCCUGGGUUUGCACGGAAACCAGUCGGGACCGCUGAUUUGCGAGGGAGUCCUGCCUAACGACAGGAUGGUCGGACCAAUCGGUGACGGCGCGCGGGCAAACGACGAAUGUAUAGUAGCGUACUUCUUGCUGCUAACCUCGGCCUGCUGGAACGGCAUCUCCAUGGCCUGCAUCGACGUGGUGAAGAAGCACGUCACCAGGAAGACUCACGGCGACGUGGGCAUGCGCGUGUGCGACUACCCGACCAUCCAGGAUUACUUCGGCGAAUGCAUAUGCGACACGAGCGCGACGCGGCUGAUGAAUGUGUCGCUUGCCAUGGCCUUAGACCAAGUGACUGACAACAACAACUGGGAAAAGCACAGCGACAUCACGUACCUACCGAGAACCAAGUUAGAUCCCUGGAUGUUUCAAUUAAAAUUCUCCGCGGCCAAGAACGUGAGCCUGGUAACCGACAAGAUGCUGCAUGCGGCAGGAGGCUCUGGGUACAAGGUGGACUUGGGUCUGGAGCGUCUGCUGAGAGACGGCAAGGCCGGGUGGGUGAUGGGAGCCAGCAACGAGGUGAUCAGACAGAUUGUCGGCAAAUCCGUUCUUCUUGGUAUGGACGCCGUGGACUACUGGGAGAAGAAUGUCAACACGCGCGUAGUGCACCAUGAGCUGAAGAAGAUGACUCUCGAACAGAAGGAGACGUUGGCCAAGGAGCUGAUGGAAGACGUGCAGAACGGCCACCUCUCGGCCUGA